UUGGCAGCGGUUCUCUUCAAGCCACACUUUGAUAUGAAUCUACAAUAUAUUAAUAUUUCCCCCAAGCAAUUACAGGGUUGAUCAGAAUUGGCCUAUGUUGGUGAUAUGACUUCUUAUUUUAUGGACUCGGCGCACAGUGCUUUGUGUGACGCAUGGAGUGAUGGCUGCGAUACAUUGCUUCCCGUGUACAUUUCCUGUCAAUUGACACAAUAAAUGAAGGUCGUCUUUUUAACUCGAGUAAGGUAACGUUCCAACGUUGAGUGUCCCACUACCCGACCCGUUGGUUUGUUUCCGGAAGUACAUUUCUGGGGGGGUGGAUGCUUAUUGUGUUGACUGGCUAGCAAAGUAAGUGUCGAGCCAACUACCAUAGCCUUGCUUUCUCUCAAUACCUCUGGUAUUUGUAUUUAUUCGAAUAGCCUCAUAUACUGUAAAUAGAUAUACAGAUAUAUAUCUUAUAUCUCGAAAUUAUAAAAGAAGAAAAAUUGCAUUAGGUAGAGACCACAACAUCCAACAGUAAUGUUUGCUAGCAUGCUAACACAGACAAAAGUGGUUUAGUUACCUGUAUCUUUGCAGCUAAUUUUAGCGAUUUUUACUUUUGAUAUACGGAAUGGUAACACUGACCAACCUGAACAAAAGUAGCUAAAAGUUACUAUCUCUUAACUGUAGCUAGCUGCUCAUAGACACUUUGCCAUGAUGUCCGCAGCCAUCAUAACCUUCCAGUCUCAGCUCUCCGGGGUCAUGGAGACGGUCCUUAAGUCAGCCAUGUAUGAGAUCACCAGGCUGGUGGAGGAUAGUUUCCUGGAGGAGGUGUCCCGGAACCGGGAGCAGGUCGAGUCACUGAAGAAGCGGCUGCAGUGGUCGGAGAACAGAGAGGGAGACCAGAGGGGGAAGUGUGGGGACUGUGGGAGAGCUGGCAAGGAAGGUCAUGAGAUAAGCUUAGGAACUUCACAGACAGGUGUGGAGAGGGGGCGUAGCCUGAAGCAGGAGAAGGUACAAGGGGAGGAGUGGAGCAGCUGUGGGGGCGUGGCCAGGGAAACAACCUUCAAUGAUCUGGAGGAGGCUGAGGCCACCAGCCCUAGGAGAAUCUCUGAGGUAGGUAGGGGACUGACUAAACACAUGGAGGCUGAGGCCACCAGCCCUAGGAGAAUCUCUGAGGUAGGUAGGGGACUGACUAAACACAUGGAGGCUGAGGCCACCAGCCCUAGGAUAAUCUCUGAGGUAGGUAGGGGACUGACUAAACACAUGGAGGCUGAGGCCACCAGCCCUAGGAGAAUCUCUGAGUCCACAGAGGUCGGAGGUCAGAAGCUGGACAGUCUGCUGAAAGAGGAGGCUCUCCACAACACUGAGCUACAGGAGAGAUGGGAGUUCUGCCUGGAUGAGGCUGAUGGUUCAGACGUCUCUGGGCCCAGUAAGAGUUUUAUUCAGCAGGAGCUGCAGCAGUGCCAAGAUGAGUGGAGAUCCAGUCUAGACCAGAGGCCUGAACUACCAGGCCCCGAGGGACACUCAGGGGACCCCACCGACCCUCUCUACCGCCCCCACUACAGCAUGGAGGAACUAGGGGGUGACUUUGAGAAGUCUGGUUACUGCAGUGGCGGUAGUGGCGACCAUCUUCUAGACAUGGAAGGGCUGGAUAGGCUUCCUGGUUCUCCGUCUCGUCUGGGAGCGCUGAGCUACGGAGCUGUGGGUCACUACCAAGUGAACCUGGGGGGGUUUAAGGGGGGCGACCAUCGCCAUCGCUCCCACAUGCCUGGCCCCCAUCAGAGCCGGAGGGAGCAGGUGGGGUCGCCAACGCCAUCUCCCCACCCAGAGGUGGGAGAUCGGAACUGCCUAUUGAUAAACGAGGAGGGGUACCUGCAGGACUCCAGUGUCUUGUACCCUGAACAUGGUGUCCCAGAGUCAGGUAGUAGAGCCGGCCACAGGGGGCUAACCUCCAUCCACUCUGGAAGCUCAGCCCACAACAACAACACAGAGAGCCUGUAUGAUGCCGCUGACGACUUUGGACUCUCUUUAAACCUCAGAGAUCGUUCACAAGAGCAGGUAACAGGAGUAGGGGGGAGGUGUCAUGCCUGCAAUCAAUGUACCAUGACCUUCCCAGACUCUGGUUCCCUCAAGACCCACAAGCAGACACACAAAACGGGGAGAGGGAUGAGUUCAGGGUCUGGGCCUCCAUACUCCUGCACCCAGUGCGGUAAGACCUUCACCCAGGCCUGCAACCUCAAGGUCCACCAGCGGGUCCACCAGGCAGAGGGACUCCACCUCUGCAGCCACUGCUCCAAGGGCUUCACCUCCUUCUCCGACCUGAAGAGGCACAAGUGCAGCCAGACCACAGACAAGCCCUACUGCUGCUCCAUCUGUGGGAACAAGUUCAGUCGGCUCUGGAACCUCAAGCUGCAUCAGCGCAUUCACACGCAGGAGAAACCCCACCGCUGCACUAUGUGUGACAAGAGCUUCACCCGGGUGGACAUUUUGAAGGUACACCAGCGCACACACACUGGGGAGAGACCGUACUGCUGUGCUGUGUGUGGACUCUGCUUCAAACGACUGGCCCAUCUAAAGUUACACCAGCACAAACACAGGCCGGAUUUCCUGGCCUGAGCGGUGGCCUAGAACAGUGAUUUCAACACUGUGAGGCAUGGGUUCCUCCAAUUUCUUUAAAAUAUAUAUAUAUAUAUAUAUACUUACAGUCCAUUCAAAAGUUUGGACACCUACUCAUUCACGGAUUCUUCUAUAUUUUUACAAUUUUCUACAUUGUAGAAUAAUAGUGAAGACAUCAAAACUUUGAAAUAACACAUAUGGAAUCAUGUUGUAACCAAAAAAGUGUUAAACAUAUCAAAAUAUAAUGAUUUAUUUUUUCAAUAUACAUUUUUCAAGUUUCUUCAAGUGCAGUGGCAAAACCAUCAAUCGCUAUGAUGAAACUGAAUCUCAUGAGGUCCGCCACAGAAAAGGAAGACCCAGAGUUACCUGGUCGAUGACAUUCGAUGGUUUGGACAUUAGACCGGUGUAAAUCUGUCCUUUAGUCUGACGAGUCCAAAUUUGAGGUUUUUGGUUCCAACCGCAUGUGUGGGUCCCACCGUGAAGCAUGAAGGAAGUGGUGUGAUGGUGCUUUGCUGGUGACACUAUGUGAUUUAUUUUGAAUUCAAGGCACACUUAACCAGCAUGGCUACCACAGCAUUCUGCAGCGAUAUGCCAUACCAUCUGGUUUGUGCUUAGUGGGACUAUCAUUUGUUUUUCAACAGGACAAUGACCUAACAUACCUCCAGGCUGUGUAAGAGUUAUUUGACCAAUAAGGAGAGUAAUGGAGUGCUGCAUCAGAUGACCUGGCCUCCACAAACACCCGAGCUCAACCCAAUUGAGAUGGUUUGGGAUGAGAUGGACCGCAGAGUGAAGGAAAAGCAGCCGACAAGUGCUCAGCAUAUGUGGGAACUCCUUCAAGACUGUUGGAAAAGCAUUCCAGGUGAAGCUGGCUCAGAGAAUGCCAAGAGUGUGCAAAGCUGUAUUCAAGGCAAAGGGAGGCCAUUUGAAGAAUGUCAAAUAUAAAAUAUAUUUCGAUUUGUUUAACACUUUUUGGGGGUUAUUACAUGAUUCCAUGUGUUAUUUCCUAAUUAUAAUGUCUUCACUAUUAUUCCACAAUGUAGAAAAAGAGUAGAAAUAAAACCCCUUGGUGUGUAGGUGUUCUAAACCUUUUGACCGGUAGUGUGUGUAUAUAUAUACAUACAGUGCCUUCGGGAAGUAUUCAGACCUCAUGACUUUUUCCACAUUUUGUUACUUACAGCCUUGCAAAAUGGAUUGUUUUUUUCCCCUCGUCAAUCUACACACAAUACCCCAUAAUGAUGGGGAGUGUUGCUGCACAGCUAUUUUCAGGUCUCUCCAGAGAUGUUUGAUCAGGUUCAAGUCUUGUCUUGGCUCUGUGCUUCGGGUCAUUGUCCUGUUGGAAGGUGAAACUUCUCCACCAGUCUGAGGUCCUGAGCGCCCGGGAGCAGGUUUACAUUAAGGAUUGCUAUGUACUUUGCUCCGUUCAUCUUUCCCUUGAUCCUGAACAACAUCCCCACAGCAUGAUGCUCUGAGAGUCUUUAGGUGCCUUUUGGCAAACUCCAAGCGGGCUGUCGUGCCUUUUACUGAGGAAUGGCUUCUGUAUGGCCACUACCAUAAAGGCCUAUUCGUGGAGUGCUGCAGAGAUGGCUGCCCUUCUGGAAUGUUCUCCCAUCUCUACAGAGGAACUCCGGAGCUCUGUCAGAGUGACCAUCAGGUUCUUGGUCAUCUCCCUGACCAAGGUCCUUCUCACCCGAUUGCUCAGUUUGGCCGGGCGGCCAGCACUAGGAAGAAUGAUGGGGUCCACUGUGUACUUGUGGACCUUCUAUGCUGCAGAAAUGUUUUGGUACCCUUCCCAAGAUCUGAGUCUCGACACAAUCCUGUCUCGGCGCUCUACAGACAAUUCCUUUGACCUCCAUGGCUUGGUUUUUGCUCUGACAUGCACUGUCAACUGUGGGACCUUAUGUAGACAGGUGUGUGCCUUUUCCAAAUCAUGUCCAAUCAAUUGAAUUUACCACGGGUGGAAUCCAAUCAAGUUGUAGAAACAUCUCAAGGAUGAUCAAUGGAAACAGGAUGCACCUGAGCUCAAUUUCGAGUCUCAUAGCAAAUGGUCUGAAUACAUUUUUUUUAUACAGUUGCACAAAUUUCUAAAAACCUGUUUUCGGUUUGUCAUUAUGGGGUAUUCUGUGUAGAUUGCUGUGGAUUUUAAUGUAUUUAAUCAAGGCUGUAAGGUAACAAAUUUGAAAAAGUCAAGGGGUAUGAAUCCUUUCCGAAGGCCCUGUAUAUACUCAGUCCAGCUCUGAAAGUUGUAAUAGUGGAAUGCACAAGGUGUAAUUUCGAAAUUGGGUAGUAUAUCAUCAGUUCCUCUUGUCAUGUUAGUCAUUGCACACCUCAGAGAGCUAUUUAUAACUUGUCAGAAAUGUCCAAAUCAACGAGCCCAUGUCAAUUAACGUUUUUAAAUUUAUAUCUUACAAAAAUAUAAACAACAUGCAACAAUUUUACUGAGUUACAGUUCAUAUAAGUAAAUCAGUCAAUUGAAAUAAAUUCAUUAGGCCCUAAUCUAUGGAUUUCACGUGACUGGGCAGGGGAGCAACCAUGGGUUGGCCUGGGAGUGCAUAGACUGACCCACUGGGAGCCAGGCCCAGCCAAACAGAAUGAGUUUCUCCCCACAAGAGCUUUAUUACAUACAUAAAUACUCCUCAGUUUCAACAGCUGUCUGGGCGGCUGGUCUCAGACAAUCCCGCAGGUGAAGAAGCUGGAUGUCGAGGUCUUGGGCUGGCAUGGUUACACUUGCGGUUGUGAAACUAGUUGGAUGUACUGCCAAACUAUUGACAAGUAUGUUGGAGGCGGCUUAUGGUAGAGAAAUGAACAUUCAAUUAUCUGGCAACAUCUCUGGUGGACAUUCCUGCAGUCAGCAUGCCAAUUACACGCUCCCUCAAAAUCUGAGACAUCUGUGGCAUUGUGUGACAAAACUGCACAUUUUAGAGGCCUUUUAUUGUCCCCAGCUCAAGGUUCACCUGUGUAAUGAUCAUGCUGUUUAAUCAGCUUCUUGAUAUGCAACACCUGUCAGGUGGAUGGAUUAUCUUGGCAAAAGAGAAAUGCUCACUAACAGGGAUGUAAACAAAUUUGUAUACAACAUUUGAGAGAAGUAAGCUUUUUGUGUGAAUGGAACAUUUCUGGGAUCUUUUAUUUCAGCUCAAGAAACAUGAGAUCAACUCUACAUGUAUUUACAUUUUUGUUCAGUAUAGGUUAUUUAGCCCAUAGAUCUUGACAAGUUUGUCAGUCAAAUAACACAUGAAUACACAUUAGACAUGGCCAAAUGUAUAGAAUUGCAAGAAAAGGAGCUUUAAAACAGCAACAUUUCCUUUGCAUCCCAUGACAAAAUGUGUAGAAUUGCAGGAAAUAAGCUUUAAACCCAGCAACAUUCUCUCCACCAAGAGCGGCGUGAACAGUUAGUGUCAUGAACAGUGCCAGUGCCAAUAUAAAUAGACGUGUUAGAUUCUGGGUUAAACUUUGAACAUUGUUAUACUCAGAAGAAUAGUAUCUAACAGUGAGGGACUGGUUUUUACUUCAGAAGUUAAUGGUCUGUAGGAGCCAGAUGGCUUUGGAAUGUGUAGGGGAGACUGGUGGAGAUCUUAGAACCUAACAAUGUCACUGAGGGAGAGAGGGUAAUGUAUAACGUUUACAUUAUGUCAGGAUAUGUUAUUGUUAGCCAUCUGGGAUCCUCUGGGAGAAGAGACACUGUCUAUCAAUCACCAUGACAACCUUGAGUUGAAGUGACUCAGCCUAGGAGAAAGGGUUGUCAGUACUUGUGUGAAAUGUUGUGUGUCUGAAUGCAGCUCUAUCGACCCUUUGGGAAGAAUUAAACUUGGAUAAGCUUU